AACCACAUGAAAUUGCAAUCUCCAUCCAUCAGUCUUCAAAAUUUUCUCCCUCCCAUUUGAAGGGAUCUUUUGCUUGGGACGUCUUCCAGUUAAAUUCCCCAAGACGAAACGUCUCCGAUUUUCUUCCUGUUUCCUUCCAAUUUUCUCGCGCUUUCUCGGCCGAGAAAGUUGAAGAAGAAAUCAGUUUACAGCGCUUUUUCUUUUGUUUGGCGAUGGGGAAAUACGCGGAGAUUUUGGAUGCCGGAGUGAGAAUCGCGGCGAGGUUUCACUCUCAUUGUCCGCAAACUGGUCGGAUGUAUUAUCACCCUCCGGCGGCGACUCACGACGACAAUCACCAUCACCAUCAUAACCACGACGGAGGAGCUGCCGGCUGCACUAACGCCGGCGCCGUCGCUGGCUGGAGCGGGUCUUGCGGUUCGAAGGUAGCCACGGGGAUGGAUGUGAAAGAGUUCAUUCUUUAUUCUGUCUAAAAAUUUUGAAACGAAAAAUUUAUUUAUUUUUUUCCCUUUUUUUUUUUAAUUGUUCAUCGAGUACUUGAGAUUCUUCAAUGGAGGACAUUAAUCAUAUACUCAUUUAUUUACAUAUAUAUAUAUAUAUUAUUAUACAUGAGGAGGAAAAUAUGUAUGUUGUAUUGUGAAUGUGGCAAUACAAUUGAGAUGAUGUUAGAAAUAAAAAUGAUUGAAGAAAAUGAUCAUCUUCAAACCCGAAA